GUGCAAACAGCCGAUAAAUUCCCUGCAUGUCUGCCUGCACCUGCCCCGAAUGCAAGGUUUUCCACCGCGGUGUGUUGCCUUUGACUGAGUAGCUAGGGCUGUAGGUUUUGUCAGGCAUCUCGACGUGACGUGCCCGCCGCCUGCUGACGUGCCCGCCGCCUGCUAAUUAACGUCCUGACUGUGCAUGUGGAUACUGGCUGGAGACUUCCUCCGCAGGACUCGGUGAACGAACAAUUGUGCAGUGGGAGAAGAUGAUGACGGCCACUCAGAUACUAUCGGCCGUGGUGCUCCUGCUGGUGCAGUUUGUGCAUGCGAAUGAAAUGCAUAAUUCAACGUGCCAGGCGACCAAUGGAAAGCGACUGCAGUGGAUUGCUCCCGCCGAUGGCCAGCAUAACUUAGCCAGUGCCACUGAGGUGUGCGGCCGCAUGGGAUACGUUCUGUUCGACUUCAGCGUCUUCACCGAUCUCCGAUUCGGACUGCGAAGGUGCGUCGAAAGCAUGCUGAAGGACAUGGCUGGCGACCUGCAUGAGGACCCGGUUGACGUGUGGACGUCGUUCGUCCACAGGGGACGGCGUGUCGUUUAUCGGCAAGGUCUCCAGACCGAGUCUGUCCGCUUUGACGCCAGCGGUUCCAGCGAUGCACAUGUCGUCUGCGUCAAGCUUUGCACCAGCAAGAACUGUAACUGCAGGCGCGGGUGGAGCGGAAGCAACUGUGACAAGCGUCAAUGCAAUGUGCGUGGGAAGUUGUAUGAUGAUGGAGAUGAGUAUUCCUACACCCAAGGCAACGCUCAAUGCACACCGCUGUGUGAGUGCCGGGAUGGACGUACACACUGUCCGCCCACACCGCAGUGCCCGAGCUUGCCCUGCCCGCCGGAACAGCGUCAACAGCGCAGCGAUGGUUGCUGCGACGAAUGCAUGCGUGACUGGGAACAGCAAGCUAUAACACCGCCAUGCAGUCGAACACCUGCUCCGUGCAGCCAUUUACCUGGCAGUCUGCACAACGGGAAGAAAGUCUGGACGUGUUCCAACAUGGGGUCGGAGACGGCCCAGUGUGUGUGUUACUUCUACCCGAUCAAUGGUGGCUGCUUUACCCAUCGUCCCCGGUAUCCCCGAUGCGGCUCAGGACACUCGACAGGCAAAUGCUGGCGUUAUAAUUCCAAGAGAACGUUCGCAGGACGUGUGGCGCCUGCCUAGCCAGCCGAGUGUUUUCCCCACCUUGAUCAUUAUUUUCUUCCCGUUGUAAAAUUUUCUUUCAAAUCUGCUUACUUGUAUUUCAGAUUUGUGCAAAUCCAAUGCACACCUAUAUCUCACAACCCUGGGGAAUGCCUGGGUAAUUAUAAUUAUCAUAUUA